AUGUGUAGGGCCUUCCCUACAACGCUAAAGGGUCCUGUGAGAAUUUGGUUCAGCUGGCUAACGUCUAACUCCAUCAGCACUUUCAAGAAGCUUAGCACCCAGUUCACUUCACACUUUAUUGGGGGGCAUAGGUAUAAAAAGUCUACUGCGUGCUUGAUGAGUAUCAGGCAGCGAGAGGACGAGACGCUGAGAUCUUACAUAGCCCACUUUAACAAGGAAGCGCUCUCGAUCGAUGAAGCUGAUGACAAAAUACUUGUGGCAACCUUCACAAAUGGGUUGUGGAAAGAGUACGGAGUAAGGGAAUUGCGAGGAGAUCAGGUAGCUGUACGCGAAUGCUAUAUUGCGAUGUUAGAGAUGGACGACUAUCUACAAACCAUGAGCAUAGAGGAACAGCGGACGAGGGUGGAACCCGUAGAGAGGCUCGAGGAGAUACCCCUCGAUAGCACCAGAUUAGACAAAACCACGAAGAUCGGCACUCUCGCCAACCCAACAGUUCGCCAAGCGCUUGUAGCCUUCCUCAAGGAGAAUUAG